GGCUUUCAAUCAAAGAGCAAACAAUGCUUCUACAUAGACCAUUCAUUCAUUUAGGACCCCGCGGAAAACCUCAUCGUUUGAACUUGAUAAAGGCAAGUGGGGAUCUGGGUUUUUUGACGUCAACUGAAUUUGAUUAUUUUCAACGGGUCAAGAUGGCGGAGGAGAGCAGGUUGAAGCAUCGGAAUCACUCUCCGCAAAAUUGCAAAAACAGCAUUUUCGGCGAAGGUGAGCAAGGGGUGGAGGGUGUGCCUCAUAAGAUGAGCCCUGAGGAAGAGGAGGUCCUGUUGUCGGAGGAAGAUGAGGAAGAGGCCUUGUCGGCCAGGCCGGUCCAGAUCGUUGUGGCUCACGAGGACGACCACGCCUUUGAGCUCGACGAGGCGGCGCUGGAGCGCAUCCUGCUGCAGGAGCAUGUGCGCGACCUCAAUGUGGUGGUGGUGUCGGUGGCCGGUGCCUUCCGCAAGGGCAAGUCCUUCCUGCUGGACUUCAUGCUGCGCUUCAUGUACAACCAGACAUCUUGCUCCUGGCUGGGUGGGCACGAGGAGCCACUGACUGGCUUCACCUGGCGGGGGGGCUGCGAGAGGGAGACCACGGGCAUCCUGGCCUGGAGCGAGGUGUUUGUGGUGGACAAGCCAGACGGGAGCAAGGUUGCUGUUCUUCUAAUCGACACACAGGGGGCUUUCGACAGCCAAUCGACCAUCAAAGAUUGUGCAACGCUGUUUGCGUUGAGCACCAUGACCAGCUCUGUACAGGUUUACAACUUGUCUCAGAAUGUGCAGGAAGACGACCUUCAACAUCUCCAGCUCUUCACUGAAUAUGGGAGGCUGGCCUUGGAAGAAAUCUAUGAGAAACCAUUUCAGACUUUAAUGUUUCUUAUAAGAGACUGGAGCUACCCUUACGAGCAUUCUUACGGCUUAGAGGGAGGGAAGAGUUUCCUGGAGAAGAGAUUACAAGUUAAACAGAACCAGCACGAGGAGCUGCAGAAUGUCAGGAAGCACAUCCAUUCCUGCUUCUCGAACAUUGGCUGCUUCCUCCUGCCCCACCCCGGCCUCAAGGUGGCCACCAACCCCAACUUUGAUGGCAGACUCACAGAUAUUGAUGACGAUUUCAAGACUGAGCUAGUCAACCUAGUGCCAAUCUUGUUGUCCCCGGAGAACUUGGUGGAGAAAGAAAUCGGAGGAUCCAAAGUGACGUGCCGAGACCUUGUACAGUAUUUUAAAGCAUACAUGAAAAUAUACCAAGGGGAGGAGCUGCCUCAUCCCAAGUCAAUGUUACAGGCAACGGCUGAAGCCAACAACCUCGCAGCUGUUGCAGGAGCAAAAGACAUUUACAACAAAGGCAUGGAGCAGGUGUGCGGAGGCGACAAGCCCUACAUGGCCCCCGAUCAACUGGAGUGCGGCCACGCAAACCUGCUGCAGGUGGCGGUCAAACACUUCCGCUCGGUCAAGAAAAUGGGCGGCGAGGACUUCUGCCGGUGCUACCAGGAGCAGCUGGAAGCAGAGCUGGACGAGGCCUUCACUAACUUCAUAAAACACAACGAUGGCAAGAACAUCUUCUAUGCUGCGCGCACGCCCGCCACGCUCUUCGCCGUCAUGUUCGCCAUGUAUGUGGCGUCGCUGGUCACGGGCUUCCUGGGUAUCAACACAGUGGCCACGGUGUGUAAUCUCAUUAUGGGCGUGGCACUGGCUGCGCUCUGCCUUUGGGCCUAUGUGAAGUAUUCCGGCGAGUUCCGCGAGGUGGGCAGUGUCAUCGACCAGGUGGCUGAGACCCUGUGGGAGCAGAGGACGCCACGAAAGAUCUUUUCCAAACUCUUUGAGGUGGCGAGGAGUCGAGUCCCGUUGGAUUCCUUGAUAACGGCCCAGAGAACGAGACUGGCCUCGAACAACAAUGUCAAGAAGAAAAAUUAGCACCUGCCCCCCAACCCCGCUUGGUUUCCAGUGUCCAUUUUUAGGACCAUAUAUAAAUGUUUUCUUUUUUGAUAGCUCAUGGUCCCCAUGCCAUGCUGGUUUAGUAUUUAAAAACUGCAUUUUAUACCUGGUUUGCACCACAAAUGUGGAAUACAGGUUGGCACUUUCAUGGUUGAUUUCCCAUAUGUUGUGGGGUUUAGGGUGGGUAGGAUGACAUCGGGGAGGGUGUGCGCUCUCAUGAUAAGCUGCCACCAUUUCCAUUUUUGGUAUGGAUGAAUGUACAAAGAAACAAAUGAAGCUUGCUUUCCUUUCUUUGCUCCUUUCUCUCCACCUCCAGUUGUUGGUUUUGUCCUCCUUUCCCCCUCCCUUUCAUCUGACGUCUUCUCCUUUUCUUUCCCACCACUCUUGUCUCU